GGACGUGCUCUGCUGCAGGUUUUGUCCCCGUUUAUCGAGUGAAAGACACACGCUUUGCGCUGUCCCCGUGAGACCAAGGCCCCCAGGACAUGGCCCUCCGGUACCUGCGGCUGUCCGCGGGCUCCAGGGCCGCGCUGACGCUCCUGCUGCGUCCGAGGGGAGCCCGCGUCCCGGUGAGAGCCGAGGGGAAGGCUAAUGGUGGGGUGCUGAUGGAGGCGGCAGGUGCACAGAGUGUGUGGUGCGAGUUGCAGAGACACAUGAGCUCUCGUCCUCCGAAAGGCUUUGAGAAGUAUUUCCCCGACAGCCAGAAAACCCCAAAGACUGACGACAAAACCAGCACCAAGAAAGAAUCCAAACCUGAGGAGAAGUCGAGUGGAGGAGGACCUGAUGAGGGUGGGACAGGAAGUGGAGGAGGGGGGAAACGUGGUGGGAGAAAGGAGGACUCUCAUUGGUCAAGCCGGCUGCAGAAGGGUGAGAUUCCGUGGGAUGACAGAGAGUUCCGCCUUUACCUGCUCAGCGGUGCCGCCUUCUGGAUGACUGUGGGAUACUACUUCCUGUGGAGAGAUGGCGGUCGCGAGGUCACCUGGAAGGACUUUGUUAACAACUUCCUGUCCAAAGGCGCGGUGGAGCGCCUUGAGGUCGUCAACAAACGCUAUGUCAAAGUAGUGUUCAGUCCCGGGAAGACCCCAGUGGAUGCGCAGUACGUGUGGUUUAACAUCGGCAGCGUGGACACGUUCGAGAGGAACCUGGAGACUGUUCAGAACGAACUUGGGAUCGAGUCGGAGAACCGAGUCCCUGUAGUAUACUCCAGCGAGAGCGACGGGACGUUCCUAUUGAGCAUGCUCCCCACGGCACUCAUCAUUGGCUUCCUGCUGUUCAUGCUGCGUCGGGGGCCUGCAGGGGGGCGCCCAGGUCGAGGCGUAGGGGGGCUCUUCAGUGUCAGCGAGACCACAGCCAAAGUCCUGAAGGAGCAGAUUGAUGUCAAGUUUAAGGACGUGGCCGGUUGUGAGGAGGCCAAGCUGGAGAUCAUGGAGUUUGUCAACUUCCUCAAGAACCCAAAGCAGUAUGAAGACCUGGGAGCCAAGAUCCCCAAGGGGGCCAUCCUCACUGGACCUCCGGGCACAGGGAAGACUCUUCUGGCCAAAGCCACAGCUGGAGAAGCCAACGUGCCCUUCAUCACCGUCAACGGAUCAGAGUUCCUCGAGAUGUUUGUGGGAGUGGGCCCUGCCAGAGUGAGGGACCUUUUUGUCCUCGCCCGUAAGAACGCGCCCUGUAUCCUCUUCAUUGAUGAGAUCGACGCCGUGGGACGAAAGAGAGGGCGAGGGAACUUUGGAGGACAGAGCGAGCAGGAGAACACCUUGAACCAGCUCCUGGUGGAGAUGGACGGGUUUAACACAGCCUCCAACGUGGUGGUUCUUGCUGGUACAAACCGUCCGGACAUUCUGGACCCAGCUCUGAUGAGACCAGGACGCUUCGACCGACAAAUAUACAUUGGUCCUCCGGAUAUCAAAGGUCGGGCAUCCAUCUUUAAGGUUCACCUUCGACCUCUGAAGUUGGAGUCAAGACUCGACCCCGACGCUGUGGCCAAGAAGAUGGCUGCCCUCACACCGGGCUUCUCCGGGGCGGACAUCGCUAAUGUGUGUAAUGAGGCUGCUCUGAUCGCUGCUCGCCAUCUGUGUGACGCCAUUGAUGCCAAACACCUGGAGCAGGCCAUCGAGAGGGUCAUCGGAGGUCUGGAGAAGAAGACUCAGGUCCUGCAGCCCGAUGAGAAGAAGGUGGUGGCCUUCCACGAGGCCGGACACGCCGUGGCCGGGUGGUUCCUGGAGCACACUGACCCCCUGCUCAAGGUGUCCAUCAUCCCUCGGGGGCGGGGCCUGGGAUACGCUCAGUACCUGCCGAAGGAGCAGUUCUUGUACACGGCUGAGCAGCUGAUGGACCGAAUGUGCAUGACCCUGGGAGGACGUGUGUCCGAACAAAUCUUCUUCAACCGCAUCACGACGGGAGCCCAGGACGACCUGAGAAAGGUCACGCAGUCUGCCUAUGCCCAGAUAGUGCAGUUUGGGAUGAACAGCCGCGUGGGGCAUCUGUCCUUUGACCUUCCCCGUCAGGGUGAGAUGAUUCUGCAGAAACCGUUCAGUGAAGCCACAGCGAGACUCAUCGACGUGGAGGUGCGAGCUCUGAUACAGGAGGCCUAUGAGAGGACCACUGAUCUGCUGACCAGGCACAAGGAGGAUGUGGAGAAGGUGGCGCUGCGCCUCCUGGAGAAGGAGGUGCUAGACAAAGCCGACAUGGAGGAGCUUCUGGGGAAGAGGCCUUUCGCUGAGAAGGCGACAUAUGAGGAGUUUGUGGAGGGAACGGGAGGAGACGAGGAGGACACGAGCCUCCCCGCGGGACUCAGGGACUGGAACCAGGAGCGGCCCGACCCCAAAGAGGAGAGCCCAGAGGAGAGGGUGGCCCGGCAGAUCUCAAGAGGCAUGCCCUUCUGACCACACUGACUCCAUGCUGACUCCACGCUGGCCCCAAAGAGGAGAGCCCAGAGAGGGUGGGCUGGCAGAUCUCGAGGCAAACCCUCCUGACCCCCCACUGACCCCUGCAGAUAAUACCACAUGACUAAAUGAAUUUGAACUGUGAUGCACAUAAAACCUGUGACUCCACCUCCUGAUGAGACACUGCUCUGUGAUUGGCUGUGGCUCUGUGUAAAUGUGUUUAAAUAAAGACUGUACAGCCAAUCAGCUUGCAGGAGAGGCCAUCCCUAAAGCUGCACUUAUUACACUGUUUAUUACACAGGGUCAAUACAUGAGAUUAUUAUAUUAUGUUAUUGACCUUUGUUGACCAUUUUCAGAAGUUGCCGUGGGUGUGUUCUAUACAGACUACAAUUUUAAAGCCUCCCAGAGAAUCGCUCCAUUAUUGACUUGUUAUUGCAUAUGAACAUCCAACAUUUUAUACAAAUCAACCUAUUUUAUAUCAUGUUUUUUUCCCAUAUUCUCAACUGAAAUGAAUGGGAUUCUCGCUUAACCAGAGGUCCAACCCAAAGAAAGCUCAUUUACAGAAAAAGUGGGCGAGGCUGAAGUCUAAUGACAUAACAUAGCUUUGGUUUUACACAUUUAAUCACUUAAAAUGAAUCACUUAAAAUGAAUCAAAUAAAUGAAAAGUACAUUUCCUUCAGUCCAAAUGUUUGUGCCCAUCACAAACCAGCAGGGACUGCAUGGACCACCUCAUACUCUGAGGCCAGAACACUUUGAGUCUGUCUGCUCCACUCUGUGGCUCCACUCUGUGAUGUCAUCAGGUGGAGUUCCUUUGUGUUUUUAAAGUCUCACCCUUCAUUACAGCAGCAGA